AACCUAGUGAACUGCCAGCAGGGUGUUUUGGGGUGUAGAGGUGUGGGGCUGCAGCAUUUCCUCCACUAAGGGCCGCUGUGGUGCCGCUCUGACAGCGCUCCGUGUCGUUUCCAGCACCGACAGGUGGGUGGUGCUGUUUCCCCGCUGACAUUUAGAUGACACGGCUGUGUGGUGGCAGGCAGAGGACACACUCAGAUCAACCAGUAAUCACCACCGUACCUCACAACUGCCACGGUCUCUCCGAUCUGAAAAAAACCACACACCAACAGCGGCGCUUCCUAUUUCCUACCGGGGGGAGUGAAACUUUAAAAAGCCUGAAAAGGAACCAUGCUGCUGGACGAUACAACCCCGCGGACCUAAGCGACACGGAGAGACCAGAAAGUAGCUACCACCGAAACCACAAAGAAGGAGAAGGAGAAGCGAUCGGUGCUUUUUUGUUGUUUGUUUGUCACACACGGAGGGAAAGACGGCAUCCGGCCUGAGAAGAAGCUCCGAGGUCGGGGACUCCGGUCGGAGCAACGCUCAUCGUUUCUGGCCUCCCCUUCCCGAGAGCUCCGUGGAGAAGAUGAAGCGGUUCAAGAGACGUCUCUCUCAGACGCUACGAGGCAGCCACACCAUCGACGAGUCGCUGUCCGAGCUGGCCGAGCAAAUGACCAUAGAGGAGAACGGCCUGAAGGACAGCGAGCCCAUAGUGAGGAACGGCCGUCCCCCGUCGGCCCACAGUGUCCACUCCUUCCUCCACCAGUAUACGGGCUCCUUUAAAAAGCCACCACUGCGACGACCUCAGAGCGUCAUUGGAGGAGGCCUUGGGUCUCUCAUGGUCAUGCCUCGCAAUGGCAGUCGCCUUGAUAUCGUCCACGAGAACCUGAAGAUGGGGUCGGAUGGGGAGAGCGACCAGGCGUCGGGGACUUCCUCUGAUGAGGUGCAGUCGCCCACGGGUGUUUGUCUGAGGAACAGAGGGAACAGACGCAUCUCUGCGGAGGACCUGAACAAACGUCUGUCCCUUCCUGCCGACAUCCGGAUACCUGACGGUUACCUGGAGAAACUGCAGCUGAGCAGCCCGCCCUUCGACCAGCCACUGAGCCGACGCUCCCGCAGAGCAUCACUGUCAGAAAUUGGAUUUGGGAAGCUGGAGACCUACAUCAAACUGGACAAACUAGGGGAGGGCACGUACGCUACAGUCUUCAAGGGAAGGAGUAAGCUGACAGACAACCUCGUGGCACUGAAGGAGAUCAGACUGGAGCACGAGGAGGGGGCACCAUGUACGGCGAUCCGAGAAGUGUCGUUACUGAAGGACCUGAAACACGCCAACAUCGUGACGCUGCACGACAUCGUCCACACAGACAAGUCACUCACACUGGUCUUCGAAUACCUGGACAAAGACCUGAAGCAGUACAUGGACGACUGCGGGAACAUCCUGAGCAUGCAGAAUGUCAAGAUUUUUCUGUUCCAGAUCCUGCGAGGUUUGGCGUACUGUCACAGACGGAAAGUUCUUCACAGAGACCUGAAGCCUCAAAAUCUGCUCAUCAAUGACAAAGGAGAACUCAAACUGGCCGACUUUGGCCUGGCGAGGGCCAAGUCCGUGCCCACUAAAACAUACUCUAACGAGGUGGUAACACUUUGGUAUCGGCCUCCCGACGUGCUGCUCGGCUCCUCCGAGUACUCCACGCAGAUCGACAUGUGGGGUGUGGGCUGUAUAUUCUAUGAGAUGGCUGCCGGUAGGCCCCUGUUUCCAGGCUCCACAGUGGAGGACGAGCUGCACCUCAUCUUCAGGCUGCUAGGCACUCCAACAGAGGACAGCUGGCCUGGAAUAUCCUCUAUCGACGAGUUCAAGUCCUACAAGUUCCCCAAAUACAAGGCCCAGCCCCUCAUUAACCACGCACCCAGGUUGGACACUGAUGGCAUUGACCUGCUGAUGUCAUUCCUAAAAUACGAGUCAAAAAAGAGGAUCUCUGCUGAUGAAGCAAUGAGACAGCCGUACUUCAGGAGCCUGGGGCCACGUGUGCACACACUGCCAGAGAACAUAUCCAUAUUCACACUGAAGGAGGUGCAGCUGCAGAGAGAUCCCGGCUACCGGAACUCGUCAUAUCCAGAGUCAGGCAAUGGAAAGAGCAGAAGACAAAGCAUGUUGUUUUAGACUCUCUGGACUGUAUUUUUUUUUUAUUUGGGAAGGAUCUCCUAGCUGUAGAGACUCGCUGAUGGAUCAGUAACCUGAGAUGGAUGUUGGCGCGGAGCAUCAUCGUCAUAUCACCAUCAUCAUCAUCACUCUCCCCUCAAAGCUACUUGGGAUACUUGUCCACAGUGCGACCCCCAAACCCCCUCGCCCCCCUCCCAGGUUUGGGUUGAACCUGGCCCAAAACAGACAUUUAUAUACUGUACAUCUAUAUUUAUUGAGAAGAGAAUUUGCUGCUAAAUCCAACUACUGUCUAGAAAUCUAACUGGUUCAGUCACUUUAAUGAGUACAUGCAAUGUAUAUAGAUUUUUAUUUUUAUUUUUUUUUGAAGUGGUGGUAUUAGUUAUAUUUUUUGUCAUUUCCAUUUUCAUACAUAAAUACUCCACCUCAAAGCUCCUCCUCAGUGUGAGUGGGUGCGUAGGGCACACCAGCAGACAGACAGGGGGACGUUUCUGCAGCUCGAAUGGGUUUGAUUUUUUUUUUUUUUGGCCUCUGUUGCCACGGUGCUGUUCUCAGCUGCACAAAUCAUUUGUGACCAUUUACUCUGAAGGUUUUUUGAGGCCAGCUUUGAUAUAAUAACUGAUAUUUUUAUCCUAACUGGAGGCUAACAUGAGAGCAGUGCUGCCAAACUCUGUGCAAAAAAACACAUCAUUUUUGUCAGAUGCUGGCAUAUCAUUCCAGGAUGCUGUGGUCUCUGCCGUGACCAAUGAACAAAUGCAGGACGAAAAAGGCAACACAGGAUUAUUAACAAGGGCAUUACAGGAUUAGAUAUGCCUCCUAAAUUCUUCAGAAAUCCUAAAUAUUUAACUACAGUGAACAACCUCCUCGUCAUUGUUCUUUCCCACCUCAAUCUGACACAUUUUCUUCUUCAGUCUGUUACAAAGAGGAGGUGUUAAGUGUUGGAAUGUGCAGUGCUGCCUUUACAGAUGUAUUCUCCUUUCUGCCAUUCCCAUCUACAUCAACUGUAAAAAUGGGUCCUUUUUUUCUGGAUUGCCUCCAUCAUAGUGUUGCAUGCCUGCUCUGUUGUAUGAGGAAGCACACAGCCACUGAACUCCUAAUUCAGGGAGCACUAGCUAUAGUCCUGCCCCUAGUGAAUUAAGAUAUUGAGUCACAGUCUAUUUAACAGUGUUACAAGAGAUGUUUUGUAUGACAGUCUUUAACUUUAUUUGUGGAUAAUUGUUAUUGGUGUGGGAUUUCAUUGCAGAUGCCCUCCGAUAUUUGAGCUUUUUUUUUUCGAGAGUAAAGAAAAUUAAAUCUAAAGUUUAAACAGAAUUCACGUGAACUGAUUUGGGUUUUCUUUUUUGUCCCUGAUGUACAAACACUUCACAUUUUGUUUUAGCUGCUGUAAAACUUGAGGGUGCCUGUGUUUAAGCAUUCAAUGCUUUGUUUAUUGAAAAUGACAAGACAUUCUUCUCAAUACAAAAAAAUAUACAGAAUACACACUGUAUACCAAGUCCAGUAUAAAAAAGAACCUUAAAAGCGUUACAAAGUUUUUCAUUGAUUUGAAAUCUCGUCUUCAUUAAAAGAUUUGAAAUAAAGAGCAAAAUAGGACAACAAGGCACAGCCGGUACUAUCUGAGAAGCAUAGUGCAUACAUUACAUACAAUACCACACAAGUGAAACAAGUUUCACAUGGUGGUGAACAUUUAAAGGUGCUAUAUGUAAGUUUGCUAUUGCUACAUAACCAACAUUAGCAUUAGCAGCUAUUUAUUUUGGCCAUUGUUGUGUCAGAAAGACCAUAGGUCUGGACAGUGCUAUUUCUUAACCUUCUCAUAUUGGACUGAGGGCAGACUGGAUGCUACAGUGGCUCACUAUUGCUAAUUGGUAUUACAAGAUGGGAUGGGCCGGAGCUAUCAGGUUAGCGUGCCAACUUCAGUAAAAGAAAAGAAGUGAUCAAAAUAGAAGCAAAACAAGAGUUAACAUUGGUGUUGUUUUCCACCACUAGAGACAGCUCUUGGUGAGAAAAAGAAUGAAGUGUGAUGCUGAACUUGCAACAUUUCUUCUAGACUCGUAAGUAAACAGCCAUUAAUGCUAACGUUGACUAUGUUGCUAUAGCAAAAACUUACAUGAAGCACCUUAAAGGAAAACCUUUAAAAAAAUUUUGCUGUCUGUUUUUUUUGUUUGGUUUUUUUUUUU